CUUUUUUGCCUGCCUCACACAUUUUAACAAGCCGGAGACCAACAAACACAUAUUUUGGUUGCUCAGGACUGUGGAAGAAAUUGCACUUAAAGUUUAAGCUAUGGACUACAGACUGCUUCUCUUAGUGUUUACAGGAACGCUGUUCCGGGUUUCUCUUGCCCAAACUCGUCAGUACUACUUUGUGAACACAACGCUGAACUGGACUGAUGCUCAGAGUCUCUGCAGACGGGACUAUACUGACCUGGCCACCAUAGAAAGCACAGCAGACGUUGAGGCAGUCGAUAGAACCACAGAAGAUUACACAGGUUUGGCAUGGAUAGGUCUGUAUGAUGAGCUUGUAAACUCCUGGAAAUGGUCCCUCAAUGACAGCAGCUUCUACGGUGAUGAAGAGGAAACAUUUAGAAACUGGUUCUCUGGUCAGCCAAAUAAUCUGAAUGGAAAACAGCAUUGUGUCAUACUGUUGAGUGGGAGCCCAUAUUCUGGAAAAUGGGAUGACCAAGAAUGUGAGGAAGCUCGCGAGUUUGUUUGUUAUAAUGGCACUGCGAAUGGUUCACCAGUUUACAUUUUAAUUAAUGAAUCGCUGAGCUGGACUUCUGCUCAGGCAUUCUGCAAGGAGAACUACGUUGAUCUUGCCAGUGUUCGCAAUCAGAGCGAGAAUGACAUCAUCUCAAACCUUGGACGUGGAUCAUUCCUGUGGAUCGGCCUGUAUCGAGAAAAACUCUGGUCUGACGGCAGCACCUCUUUAUUUCAAAACUGGGCGCUUGGUCAGCCAAACCACGGCGGUGAAGAAUGUAUAGCAACAUACUUUAAUGAAUCUGGAAAAUGGCACGAUCAAGACUGCUCCCUGAGUUACCCGUUCAUCUGUUACAAACCAAUUCCACCCAAUCCAGGAGGUUUCAGAGCAUCAACACAAGAUGAGAGCAGCAUCACUCUGCAGUGGAAUAAAAUCAACAACAACACCAGCUUUAUUCUCCAGUUUAACGGCACAGAGACAAACAUCAGUGCACCAGAUGGAGAUGGACCAGUGAACUACACUGUAUCUUCUCUCACUGCUGGAACCAAAUACACAUUCACUCUGUUCUCUGUACUUGACGGCGUCAGAAGCAGUGGAGUAGAGCUUACAACAGCCACUGUGCCGCAAAAUGCUGAAGACUUGAGACUAACUGCACAAUUUGAGACCAAUAUUACUCUGCAGUGGAAGAAAGUAAACAACAACACCAACUUCAUCCUCCAGUUUAAUGGCAUAGAGAAAUUCAUCAGUGCUCCUGGUGAAGAUGGAUCAGUAACUUACACAGUCUCACCCCUGAACCCUGGCACUAGAUUCACUUUCACUCUCUUCUCCGUGAUUGAAAACAUCAGAAGCAGUGGAGCACGACUUUCAGCUGCCACUGUGCCUGAACAUCCAAGCAACUUCAGAAUAUCGCUGCUGUAUGACACCAACAUCACUCUGCAGUGGGAUAAAGGCGACAACAACACUAGCUUUGUUCUCCAGAUCAACGGCUCAGAGACAAACAUCAGUGCACCAGAUGGAGUUGGACCAGUAUUUUACACAGCUUUGUCUCUCACUGCUGCAACUAGAUACACAUUCACCCUCUUCUCUGUGUUUGAAAACCUCAGAUCCAGGGGAAUUAGCAUCACUCAAGUUACUGCUCCUGAAAGACCCACAGGAUUCACAGUAUCAGCACAAAAUGAGACCAGCAUCACUCUGCAGUGGGAUAAAGACAAUGACAACAUCACCUUUGUUCUUGAGGUUAACGGCAGAUUCACGGCCAUCAGUGCACCAGGUGGAAAUAGUCUAGUAACUCACACAAUCCCAUCGCUCACUGCUGGAACCAGAUACACAUUCACUCUCUUCUCUUGGCUUGAGAACACGAGAAGCACUGCAGUACAACUUACAGCUGUCACUGCUCCUCAAAAUCCAGGCAACUUUAGACCAUCAACCCAAGAUGAGACCAGCAUCACUUUGCAGUGGGAUAAAAUCAGCGACUUUGUCAGCUUCAUUCUCCAGUUUAACGGCACAGAGACAAACAUUGGUGCACCAAGUGGAAAUGGAUCAGUAUCUCACACAGUCUCAUUUCUGACGGCUGGAAGUAGAUACAAAUUCACUCUCUUUUCUGUGUUCGACAACGUCAGAAGCAGUGGAGUCAAUAUCACAGCAUCUACUGGGCCAAGUAAGUAAAUGCAGCUUCAUGUUUUCAUCAAUGUUUGUUUUUUCCAGUUCAGAAUGUUGUUUCUAGCUGCACUGAUAAAUCUAACUUUGCUAAGACAAUAACUUUGCUUAUUAUGUUAAAAAAAGCUAAGACUAGUGUUUGUCCUAGUUAAUACUAACAAGAACUAGUUCUAAAGUCAGCCCAAGCAGCUCAUAAUGAAUUGACUAAUGUUCAAAGUUCACCACUGAUACAUUUUAAAACAAGAAAGCUUUGCAUUGAAUUUAUCAUAAUUAGUCUGCAAUAGAGUGUAAAUACAUGGAGUAAUGACA